AUGGCAGACAUUAAGGAAAUGUUCCUGCAAGUGAAAAUCCGGGAAGAAGACAGGGAUAGCCUUCGAUUCUUAUGGCGGCACAAUCGUGACGCGCCACCGGAAGAGUAUAGAAUGACGUCACUCAUAUUUGGAGCGGCAUCAUCACCAUGCAUCGCUAUAUAUGUAAAGAAUAGAAAUGCGCAGGACAACGCACAUAUCUAUCCAGAAGCAGCUUCCGCUACGGAAAGCAAUUUUUAUAUGGAUGAUUACCUACAGGCAUUUCCCGACGUGACGACGGCCGAAAGGAUAGUAAACGAUAUGUAUGAAUUACAUAAGCAUGCUUCUUUCCAACUGAGGGGAUGGGCUAGCAACCGACCCGAAGUUUUAAGUAAUAUGGAAAAUAAAUAUAAGAGCGACAGUGCUUCGCUUGGAGAUAAAGAGCACACAGAGCGCACGUUAGGUUUGAUUUGGAAUAUCAAACGGGAUAUAAUAAGUUUUUCCACAAGUCUUCGUAGCACACCGGAAGAGGUGAUGGAGGGUUUACGACCGCCUACGAAGAGGGAGAUAACUAGCGCUGUGAUGUCAGUCUUCGAUCCUUUGGGACUCGCAUCACCCAUAACGAUUCAAGGGAAGUCGCUGAUCCAGCAAGUAUGGAGGACAGGCAUCUCUUGGGAUGAAGAAGUUUCACACGAGUUACACGUGUUAUUUUGUAAAUGGAUAUCGGAAGUGAAGAAAUUAGGUCACUUAGAAGUACCUAGACCCGUUGCUGAAGGCAUCGGCAAAGGAGAGUUACAUACUUUCACGGAUGCUAGUGAAAAAGCAUACGCUGCCGCGGUGUAUUACGUCACCACGGACGAGCAAGGAAUAAGGCGGAUUACGCUGAUCGCCGCAAAGGCAAGAGUAGCGCCAUUGAAACCAAUUUCGAUUCCAAGGCUUGAAUUGCAAGCAGCUCUUAUGGGCAGCAGACUGGCUGCUUCGGUUAGUGAAGAGAGCAAGUACGAGAUGUCCGAGAGAGUGUUUUGGACAGACUCACGUACAGUGUUAGCGUGGAUUAAGUCGGAUCCUCGCGCUUUUAAACCAUUCGUUGCUCAUCGAUUGGCUGAGAUCGAAGAUCACAGUAAGCCAUGUGAAUGGCGAUGGGUUCCAACGUCACAAAACGUGGCAGACGACGCCACUAGAAAUUUUCCUUCCACCUUCGAUGUAAGUCAUCGCUGGUUUCAAGGACCUGAAUUCCUCAGGAAAAGUCCUGAUUUAUGGCCCAAACAAGUGGACACCAUAAAUAGCUUAGAAACAGGUGAAGAAAAAUCGCCAAAAGGCGUAAAUGCGCUAAGAAAGCAAGAACCGUUAAGUCUACCCGACUACGGACGAUUUAGCAGCUUUAAGAAAUUCCUUGGGGCAACUACACGCACCUUACUAGCGGUAGAAAAGUUCAAGAGUUUAAGAAAGUCGGUUAAAGGACCCGAAAGCGCAGCCGAAAAGUCGGUUAUGUGUUCCAACAAAGUUUUAGCAAAGUCGGUUAAAGGACCCGAUGGCGCGUUGGACAUAGCGCUCUUGAAAAAAGCGGAAUUGUUAAUUUGGAAGUUCAUUCAAGACGAGUGUUUUUAUUCGGAAAUAAAAUGCUUGAAAGCAAGCAAAAGCGUUGAAAAAAGUUCACGCUUAAGUAAAUUAUCUAUGGAAAUAGGAGAAGAUAACUUACUCCGUUUGAAUGGACGUUUACCUUUCAAGUCUAAUUUGACCGAGGAAAGUAGAAAACCUGUCAUAUUAGACGGUAAACACGAAAUCGUUAAAAUGAUGAUUAGAGAAGUUCAUCAUCAUUUUGGACACGCCAAUCACCAGACGGUGAUGAAUGAGGUGAACCAGAAAUUUUACGUCUUGAACUUGCGUAAUGUAGUACGAAGUGUGUCACACCAUUGUCAGUGGUGCAGGACAUACAGGUCAAAGCCGCAAAACGUGCCACAAGGAAAUAUUCCUCUGGAAACAAUAGCUCAUCAUGAGCCACCUUUUACAUGCUCAGCUGUAGAUUAUUUUGGUCCUAUGAGUGUGACUAUAGGAAGGCGACACGAAAAACGUUGGGGCGUUUUAUUCACGUGUCUGACCACCAGAGCAGUACAUCUGGAAUUAGCAGCCUCAUUGACACCAGCGUCAAUGAUAAUGGCGUUAAGGCGAUUUAUCGCCAGAAGAGGAAAACCAGCCGUUAUAUACAGCGAUAACGGGACAAAUUUCAAAGCUGCGAAUAAAGAAUUAUUGAAAACAUGCGAAGAAUGCCAUGAGGGCAUGAAAAACGAGUCAUUUAAGAAAUAUAUUAAACGGAAAUUUAUACCUCCGGGAGCACCGCACAUGGGUGGCGCCUGGGAGAGGUUAGUAAGAUCGAUUAAAAUUGCGUUGACCGCUACGCUUAAGGAGAAGAGCCCACGAGAGGAGGUUCUACAUACGUUACUUUUAGAAGCAGAGCAUACGGUAAAUUCCAGACCUCUGGUAACAUUCAGUAUGGAUAGUCCUGAAGAGGGUUUGACACCCAAUCAUUUUCUUCUGGGACGCUCAUGUGGUGAUCGACCACCUGGAUUAUUUUUAGAGCGACAUCUGACGGGUCAACUCAAUUGGAAAGCUGCACAGAGGUUAGCCGACCAUUUUUGGACAAGAUGGCUGAAAGAAUACAUGCCUACGUUAAUACCUCGAACAGGUGAUAACGGCAAGUUCAUGGAACCUAAAGAAGGCGAUAUUGUUUUGAUAAUAGAUCAUUCGUUGCCACGAAACACGUGGCCAAAAAGGUAA